UUUUAUUGCACCCGCACGGGAAGGGCCAAACCUUCGUGAAGGGGAAGUAGGGGCACUCGCUACAGUGGCACACUUUGUUCAGUUGUUGCCAGAACUUCUCAGUACUCAGUAUUGUCCAAGCUGUGCCUUGCUGUGCUGCGGACCGUGACAAACUAUCUAGUUUUUUUACAGAACUGGUGUGCUUGUGGUCGAUCAAGAACUAACAACAAUGAAUUUCUCUCACUUAAUCAUUUGAUAUUUUCUACGAAAUGGCAAAAGUACCAAAAAGGCCUAAGCUUGGCUCAUUGGGCUUUACCAAAAAUAUUGAGUCAUAUUUUUCAAGAGCCUCAUCUUCAACGAGUCAACAACCACAAGAAUUAUCAACACAAGCAGCAGCUAAUUCAGGAAGUGAGCAAAGAGAUGCCAUGGAUGCUCAAGAGCAACAAGGAGCCAUUGCACGAUUCAAUGGGUCUUCAGUGGAUUGUGCUGAAGCUGUUGACUGCAAUGUAGGUGCGAGUGAAUCAGGUUCAGUAAAUUAUAAUUCAGUUAAUCAUCCUUCCCACCAAAAUGAUGUAGGGCUACACAUAGGGGUAGGAACCCUUAUAAGUGACUACACAAAAUGCCAGUUGCUGGAAAAUCAUUGGACUCCACCUUGCGACUACUCAUUUCCUUUUUCUGUUAAAAAAGAGAAAUGUAGAGAAUAUAAGAGGUAUUUGUCCAAAAAACAUAUUGAUAUGUUUCAUUGGGUGGUUUUCUCACAUGCAAAGAAAGGGCUAUUUUGUGUGUACUGUUCUCUCUUCUCUGCCCAUGCUGCUGGUCACAAUAACGGUAUGAAACUAGGGAAGUUGGUGACGGAGCCACUUACCAAAUUUUCAAAGCUGACUGGAAAAGAUGGUGAUUUGGAAGUUCAUGAUAAAACUGAAUAUCAUAACCAGAAUGUCAUUGCGGGUAAACGAUUCCUACAAUCCUACCAUAAUCCUGAGUUUGAAGUCAUUAACCUGAUUAAUUCUCAACGUCUUCAACAAGUAAAUGAAAAUCGAGCUAGAUUGCGACCUAUUAUUGAAACCAUAAUCUUUUGUGGUCGCCAGAAUAUACCCCUACGAGGGCACAGAGAUGAUGGUGUCCUACUGGAUGAUUGUACACCAGCAAACAAUGAGGGUAAUUUCAGGGAAUUAUUAAGAUUCAAAGUAGCAUCAGGUGACAAAGAGUUGGAGAACCAUCUCUCUUGUGCAUCAUCUAGAGCAACUUACAUUGGGAAAAAUACUCAGAAUGAGCUGAUAGAAUGUUGUGGUGAUGAAAUUCAAUCAAUUAUUUUAGGCAGAAUAAAAAAAGCUGGGUUCUAUGCAAUUAUAUUUGAUGAAACUACAGAUGUAGCACACAUUGAGCAACUAAGUCUUAGUGUCAGGUAUUUUUAUGAAAUGACUAUCAUUGAAGACUUUAUAAUGUUUAUUGGUGCCUAUAAAGCAAUAGAUGGAAAUUGUCAACACAUAGGAGAAAACAAAGAAAUUGGUUCUGAUUGUGAAAGUGAGGUUAUACUUGAACCACGUCUAACAGGCAAAUCUAUAGGAAAACUUGUCGUACAGAUGCUAUCAGAUAGCGAUCUAGAUCCACUUCUUUGUGUUGGUAUUUCUACAGACAGUUGCAGUGUAAUGGUUUCUGAAAGUUCAGGUGCAGUUACAGAAAUAAUGGGAGUUACGAAAAAUGCCACCAGAUGUUCGUGUCAAAACCAUUGUCUAAACAACUCAAUUUCCCAAUCAUCCAAAGUGUCAUCAAUUCGCAAUACUGUUUCCAUAAUAAAAACAUGCAUUUCUUUCUUCAACCAAUCUGCCAAAAGACACAAGGUUUUAAGGAAAUUUUCGUCCUCAAAUAUUGCCAGCUUAUGUGAGACCAGGUGGGUUGAAAGACACACUUCGUUACUCCAGUUUCGCGAGCAUUUACCUAGUAUUGUGAAGGCACUCUCUGCUAUAACAUCAUGGCAAGACUCGAAAUCGGCCUCAAAAGCAUUAACUCUACUUAAUUCCUUACUAACCAGUGAAUUUAUCCUAGCAAUGCUCUCUCUCCUGGAUGUUUUGAAGAUUACACUUCCAUUGAGUACCCUCCUUCAAGCAGAAUCACUUGAUAUGCACGAAGCUUCAAAUGCUGUUAGGGAUACUUUAUCUGUUCUCAAGACUAGGAGAGAAAACAGUGACAAUACUUUUCAUGUAGUGUUUUCUGAAGCAAAAACCUUGGCUUCAAAACUCGAUGUAGAAAUAAGAAAACCUCGGACAACUGCAAAACAGAUACAUAGAGAGAACUAUGAUACUGAUGAUGCAGAAUGUUACUACAGAGCCAUUUAUAAUUCCAUGUUGGAUUUUAUACUCAUCGAUAUGAAGUCCCGUUUUUCAGAAGACUGUUUGAAAUCAUUUGACAUUCGUUUGCUGGUACCACAUAUUCUUCUCAAUAGAAGUAAAGAUGUUGAUUUCAGAGAGCGACUAAAAGCUAUUGCUUCUCGUUUUUCUUUUAUUCAGGAUAAUCAAGAAAGUGUUUUGUUUGCGAAGCUUGAAGGUGAAGUCUGUGUAUGGGAGGCCAAGUGGUUUCGUGAGCUUAAGGCAUCAGACGAAGUAGAAGUACCGAAAACUGCAAUGGAAGCUAUUUUGAAGUGUGAAGAGGAAAUGUUUCCUACAAUAUUUAAGCUACUAAAAAUUUUAGUGACAUUACCAAUUAGUGUAGCUACUGCAGAAAGGUCGUUCUCAACACUUCGAAGGUCAAAAACAUGGCUGAGAUCAAGAAUUCUAGAAGAAAGACUUAAUGGACUAUGCCUUCUUCAUAUACACAGAGACAUUUCGAUAAAUAUUGAUAAUAUUAUUGAAAGAUUUGCCAAGAAAGGUAAAAGAAGAUUAGAUUUUGUCGUCUAAUGUAAAUGAAUUACUUAUUCAGUUUCCUUGUUGUUUCAAUGUUAUCACAUAGGUAGAUAUUUGUAAAUAUUUAUUUGUUUGUGUCCUUUUUAUAUUCUUUAUUUUAGAGUAUGUCAUAUCACCAACAUUUACAUUCAUGUGCCCUGUGUUACAUUUACUUGUUUGAAAAUGUGUAUAAAAGUAUGUUAAGUUCAAUAUUUGAGACUAUAAAUUUGUAAAUAUUUAAUGGCCAACUGGUGGUAUGUUAAAAAUAAUUUUUUACAACUUCAUUUGUAUUGCUACGAUAGCCCCCACCGAAAAGCCUUCCUGGAGCCGCCCCUGGUUGGAGCACAGUCUUCGUUAUCUUUAUUCAUCUUAGUUAUACAGUUCUUGCAAUGUCUAUCCAAGUAAUAUCUUCAACCAAAGGAUUUAUGACACUGACUGUAAUUAUAUGGUUUUUGACAAGGACCCAAAUUAAACUCCUUCUCUCAUGUCGUUUAGCAUUCUUUCUCAAGGUAAACAUCUUGCUGCAGUAUCUACAGUGAUGUCGUUUUGAUACAGCUACAGGCAACGAAUCAGGGUACAUGUUAGAUUCUGCGACUAAUGGCAGAUGCAAACUAAGAGUUUUAAAUUAAAACCAUUACUUAAAUAGAAUUUUUAAAAUAUUUCGUCAUCUAGAGUUAAAUUAUCUCAUGCAAAAGUACUGGUUGUAAAUAGUUAUGCUUUUCAACAACAGAUGAUGCCACGUGUUGCUGCAGGUAAAUAAUAUUUAUUUCUUUUAUGCGGGUUGCGGAUGUUCACUAACGAUCGCAAAAGAAGGAUGGCUUUGCUAGACUCCAAGGAGAAGGAAGUUUGUUCAUCCAGUUAGUGUUUCUCAGAUUUCUCAGGGCAUAUUAUUAUUUGACUGAAUAAUGAUUUUUUUAAAUUCGAACUGAUAAAAAUAUUGCAUGUGGUGAUUUAGUAGCAGAAAUUCACUAAUUAAAUUUAACCUUGAAUAUAAUGACUUGUCUCAUUAAAAGUAAAACUCCUUCAUGGAGAGAUCGGUUUCUCAGAAAUAACCAGAAGCACUUGGAGAAACCAUAGGAAUGAUCGCAAGCACACGGAAAAAAACCAUCAAAAUAUUGACAAGAAUAAUUAGGAGCACAUGGAGAAAACCAUCAUAAUAUUGACAUGGAUAAUCGGGAGCACACGGAGAAAACCACCACACAUUUUCUUUGAUAAAUUACAAAAAAAAAUUAAACAAAAAUUACAAAAUAUAAAAAAACUGAUUCUGCUAGCUUAUGAAAUUCUCAUUAUUGAGAAAAGAUAGAGUUCUAG